AUGGGACAAACUGUGACGACUCCUCUUUCUCUCCUAACUGACAAUUUCAAAGAAGUUAGAAGGAGGGCACACGACUUAAGUUUAGAAAUCAAAAAAGGAAAAUUUGUAACAUUGUGUAGCUCAGAAUGGCCUACGUUCAACGUAGGAUGGCCAGCCGAAGCAGUUAUUGCAGCUACAGAGGGUGUGCUGCCCCAAGUGCCGGACGAUGGUGGGGCAAUGGCAGCAGCAGGUCCAGCGGCCAGCACCUGUGGAAGAAUGAAGCACACAGCCCCCUCUAGUGGACCAGGAGAUUCCACAGUCUUGCUGUUGCGGGCUGCAGGGCCCACAGACACAACCGGCAACCAGCAACUUCACUAUUGGCCUUUUGCACUACCUACCUGGGACGAUUGUCAACAGCUCCUCCAGAUUUUAUUCACCACCGAGGAACGUGAGAGGAUCCAGAUGGAAGCCCAGAAAUCUGUACUGGGGGAUAUCGGGCAAUCCACUACUAAUAUAGAUGUGAUUAAUGCCACCUUCCCUUUAACUCGUCCUAAUUGGGACUACAACACGACUGAAAGUAAGGAGAGACUCCGGGUGUACCGUCAGACUCUAAUGGGAGGUCUCAGGGCAGCCGCAAGGAAGCCCGCUAAUUUGGCUAAGGUAGGUGACAUACAGCAAAGCAGGGAUGAAAGUCCUGCCGCUUUCUUAGAAAGAUUAAUGGAAGCAUUUCGUCAAUAUACCCCCAUGAAUCCGGAAGCGCCUGAAACUAAGGCCGCACUAAUCAUGGCUUUUGUGAAUCAAGCAGCCUCAGACAUUAGGAGAAAAUUACAAAAAAUUGACAGACUAAAUGAAAAAAGUAUUCAGGAUUUAAUGUUAGUUGCAGAGAGGGUUUAUAAUCACAGGGAAAGUCCAGAGGACCGACAGGCCAAGGCACUAGUGGCAGCCAGUGACCAGAACACUCGGAACCUUGCAAAAAUCUUACUUGCCUCAACAACUGGGAGCGUCCGAGAAAGAGAACAACAACUGCAGAAAAUCGCAAAAUACCGAGUUCCCCUCCCCGAACCCAGGGUAACCCUUAAAGUAGAGGGGACUCCGAUUGAUUUCCUGGUGGACACCAGGGCACAACAUUCAGUCUUACUUAAACCUCAAGAAAAACUGUCUAAUAAAACCUCCUGGAUUCAGGGGGCCAUAGGAGAAAAUCAAUAUUCAUGGACUACCCAAACAACAGUGGAUCUCGGCGUGGGUUGGGUAUCCCACUCUUUCAGUAUUCCAGAAUGCCCCUAUCCACUUCUUGGGAGAGAUAUACUAACCAAAAUAGGAGCACAAAUCCACUUUCAAAAAGGAGGGGCAACCAUUAUGGACAGUAGGGGCCAACCUAUUCAAGUGUUAACUGUAAACCUAGAAGAUGAAUAUAGACUCCACCAGCAACCCCUUCCUCCCCCAUCGGAAAAUAUAAAACAGUGGUUAUCAGCUUUUCCUAAGGCAUGGGCUGAAACUGGAGGUGUAGGGUUAGCAAAACAUAGGCCACCGGUUUAUGUGGAAAUUAAACCUGGAGCGGACCCAGUCAGAGAUCAGUACCCUAUGUCACGAGAAGCCUGAGAAGGCAUAAACCCCCACAUCCGGUGCCUGUUAAAAUUAGGAAUACUCCGACCCUGUCAGUCUGCUUGGAACACCCCUCUACUCCCUGUUCGAAAACCUCAUUUCAACGAUUAUAGACCGGUACAAGACCUCCGAGAGGUCAAUAAAUGGGUCAUAGACAUUCAUCCUACUGUUCCUAACCCAUACACCCUCCUUAGUUCUUUACCCCCAAAUCACCAGUGGUACUCAGUCUUGGACCUUAAAGAUGCUUUUUUUAGUUUACCAUUGGCCCCAAAGAGCCAGGACCUGUUUGCCUUUGAGUGGACAGACCCCAUGGAAGGCAUUAAUGGACAACUAACCUGGACGAGAUUACCUCAGGGGUUCAAAAGUUUGUCUACAAUUUUCGACGAGGUGCUGCAUGAAGACCUGGGUAAGUUCCGAUCCAACCACCCUGGUCUCACACUGUUACAAGAUGUAGAUGAUCUCCUAGUUGCUGCAGCAGACUACAAGACCUGCCUCCAAGGGACCAAAGACUUACUCCGAACAUUAGGAGACAUGGGCUACAGAGCCUCAGCCAAAAAGGCUCAACUUUGCCAACCCGAGGUGAGCUAUUUGGGGCCCCUGGAAAAGACCGGUAGCCUAUCUCUCAAAAAAAUUGGACCCAGUGGCGGCAGGGUGGCCCCCGUGCUUACGCAUAAUAGAGCAACAGCCUUGCUAGUCAAAGAUGCAGGCAAACUUACACUGGGACAAGAACUAUCUAUCACCACCCCGCAUGCCAUAGAAGGGACUCUUAAGCAACCUCCUGAUCAAUGGCUCAGCAAUGCACGGCUCACCCACUACCAAGGACUAUUACUGAACCCAACUAAGAUUAUCUUCCAGUCACCUAUGGCACUGAACCCUGCGACCCUGUUACCAGAUCGGGAUUUGGGUGCUCUGCUCCAUGAUUGCAUCAACGUUCUGGCUCAAGUGCACGGAACCCGAGCUGACCUACGAGACACACCCUUACCGGAUGCCAAGGUUACCUGGUAUACGGAUGGGAGCAGCUUUGUGCGUGAUGGACAAAGGUAUGCAGGGGCAGCAGUCAUAACGGAAACUGCAAUCGUUUGGGCUGAACCAUUACCGGCCGAAACAUUGGCUCAACAAGCUGAACUAAUAGCAUUGACCAAAGCCCUAACUUUGGGAAAAGAUAAAACGUUAAAUAUUUAUACAGACAGUCGUUAUGCUUUUGCCACGGCACAUAUUCAUGGAGCGAUCUAUCGAGAAAGGGUCCUGUUAACUGCAGAAGGAAAGACAAUUAAAAAUAAAAAUGAGAUCCUAGAUCUACUAGCUGCUCUAUGGCUCCCAAAUAAACUUGCCAUCAUUCAUUGUCCAGGACACCAGAAUACCACCUCCCCAGUUGCCCGAGGCAAUAAUUUGGCAGACCAAACAGCCCGAGAAAUUACGCUGUCUACCAACCUAGUAUUAACCUCCAACCUACCCGAUCCUGGGAGCCCUGCCUUACCUACAAACCCCAAAUACACUGAGGAAGACUUGAAAUGGAUUACGCAAUUACCCGGAACUCAGAACGUAUGUUAA